GUGUGUGCAGGCCUGUAUGUGACGUGGCCUCGCGGCCAAGUCACCGGAGAUAACCCUGAUGGGGGAAGCUGGUCGCAUCGCUCACGAGUCGGGGAUCUUUAUCUGGCAGGAAGAGGAGCGCGGGCCGCCUGCCGACGGCCUGUACGCCGCCGUGGACUUCAGCAAGAAGAGGUCCUCCCGGGCCCCCGGCCCCCAUGACUCCUCCGCCCGCCCCUCAGAGUGUGUCUACUCCGUCAUUGUCCCGCACAGACCUCCAGCCCCGCCCACCUCGGAGGCUGAGGAAGGGGCCGAUGAUUAUGUCCUCAUGCAGUAGGACCACGAGGUCGACCAACGGCAGGAACCGAGCUGGAGCCGACCGGACGCUCACUGCUGCCGUGGCGGUGAGCCCUGACGGAGGCUCGGGAGGUCAUUCUGUGGUUCUACGUUCAUCGCUGUGGAGGAAAUGUCACCACGACCGUAGACAUGAAGACCUCUCUGUUAGCGGGCUCAUGGAUACCAACAGUCCUGAACACGGCCUCAUACAGUCAUAGUGUAUACCAUCCUCCUACUCACACUGUAUACCAUCCUCCUACUCACACUGUAUACCAUCCUCAUACUCACACUGUAUACCAUCCUCAUACUCACACUGUAUACCAUCCUCAUACUCACACUGUAUACCAUACUCAUACUCACACUGUAUACCAUACUCACACUGUAUACCAUACUCACACUGUAUACCAUACUCACACUGUAUACCAUACCAUACUCAUACUCACACUGUAUACCAUACUCACACUGUAUACAUACUCACACUGUAUACCAUACCAUACUCAUACUCACACUGUAUACCAUACUCACACUGUAUACCAUACUCAUACUCACACUGUAUACCAUACUCACACUGUAUACCAUAGUCAUACUCACACUGUAUCAUACUCAUACUCACACUGUAUACAUACUCACACUGUAAACCAUACUCAUACUCACACUGUAUACCAUACUCAUACUCACACUGUUUACCAUACUCACACUGUAUACCAUACUCAUACUCACACUGAAUACCAUACUCAUACUCACACUGUAUGCCAUACUCAUACACAGUCACACUGUAUACCAUACUAAAUAAUAAAACUGAAAUAUAAAUACA